AUGUCACCAACUCUUAUCCUUUUUGCAACCCUGACGGUGGUCUUCGAGGUCUGUGGUGAUGAUCGUCGCAGGUUCUUAUGUAUUCGCCAGCUGGUCAGCGAACUCUGCAGUCUGCUUGAUCGCAACUCCGUCAUUUCGGUGAUGUUCUUAGGGCAUCUACUGUCUCCUCUUUGGUUCGACUCCAUUGUCCCCACUGACCGUCUUGUCCGCGAUUACCUCUUUCUGUCAUACCCCCAUUAUGUUAUCAAAUAA